CCAUGAUGCUCUUCCCAGUUUCCGCGUCGUUGCCGUUCACAUUGCGAGGGUGUGUGUGAGAGAGAGACAGACAGGGACAGGGACAGGGACAGGCAGGUUUGCACGACACAGGCUGCUGGCGAGAAUCCGGACAACGAAGCGACCUGUCUCUCCGGUCCAUCCGACGACUGACGGGGUUUUGGGGGACUCGAAAGCCGCAUCUUUUAACAGGAGCUUUUAUACCGGGAUUAUCAGGAGAUUAUGAUAUGUUGAUCCAGACCCGGUUGCUCAGCAGACUGUCCAGUUUGAGGAGGUUGUGGGCGGUGGACCGAGGUCCUUUCAGCUGACAUUGUGACCCCCAUCGUGGCUUGUGCUGCAGGAGGGAGGUUCACAGGAAGGAGAGAUGGAGAGAACGCAGACCAAAUACAUCAACCGAGGGGAGGAGGAUGAGCUGGAGGUGUGGGGGUUCCUGCCUUGCCACUGCAGACUCCUGCUUCUCCUCCUGGGGGUGCUGUGCUCAGGGGGGUUUCUGCUGCUGGUUCUGUUCUGGGUGCCGGAGUGGAGCGUGCGCUGGACCUGCCGGCCGGUACCGCUGAGCCAGGCCCGGGUUCUACUGCUCAGAACCACGGAUGAGUUUGGCUCCUGGUUUCGGUGUUCGGGUUCACACUCUGUUGGCCCCUGGCAGUGACCCCCUGGGGACCCCGCAGAAAGGGGCGGACCCUGCUGGAGCGCUGAGGGGGGGGGCCGGAGGGGAGGGACUGCGAGGAGGGGCUACUGCCCAAGACACG